CUCCGGUUCCAAGAUCCAUUCUCAGCUCUGUUGCCACAGAAGCCUUGCGAGCCUCUCCGGUUUCCACACUCUCCAUGGCGAGGCGCGAGGCCGACGCCAUUCCCCUUUCUCGAUUCGGCGUUCUCGUUGCGCAGCUGGGCUCGAUCGUCGCCUCCGCUCCUCAGCAACCCCCCGAUGCCAUUCUAUGCUUCGAUCUCCUCUCCGAGCUCGUCGUUGCCAUCGAAGAGGAGCCCAAGGAAUCUAUACAACAGUGGCAACGGAAGUGUGAGGAUGCACUCUACUCUUUGCUUAUUCUAGGGGCACGACUCCCUGUUAGAAGACUUGCCUCACUAGCAAUGGGGAGAGUAAUUUCAAAAGGUGAUGGAAUUUCUAUAUACUCUAGAGUUAGCAGUCUCCAAGGAUGGCUAGCUGAUGGCAAAAGGAGUGAGCCGCUCUCUUGUGCAGGUGUGGCACAUUGUUUGGGAGAAUUGUAUAGUUUAUUUGGGCGUAGGAUUACUUCAGGUUUGACAGAAACAACCAGUCUUGCUGCAAAAUUAAUGAAGUUUUAUGAGGAUUUUGUUAGAAAAGAUGCAUUACAAAUGCUUGGGAAUGCAUUGGAAGGAUGUGGUGGAAGUGGUCCCUCUACGGCGUAUUCAGAAGCAUACCGCAUGAUAAUGCGUGUUGGUGUAAGUGACAAAUCAUUCAUCGUUAGAAUGGCUGCAGCAAGAUGCUUGAAGGCAUUUGCCAGUAUAGGUGGUCCUGGAUUAGGAAUCACAGAGCUUGAAAAUUCUAUUUUGUAUUGCCUCAAAGCUCUUGAUGAUCCUGUUUCAUCUGUUAGGGAUGCUUUUGCCGAAGCCUUGGGUGGUUUGCUUGCUCUUGCAAUGAAUCCUGAGGCACAGGUGAAACAACAAGGGAAUAAAGGUCCAGCUCCUGUACGGAUGUUGGAGGAUGGUUUGCAAAAGCACUUUAUAUUACCAUUUGUUAGAGCAAGCGGAGUUCGUGCAAAGGACCUUCGGGUUGGUCUCACAUUAUCAUGGGUAUCUUUUCUACUGGUUCUUCAUCACAAGUAUAAUAUCCCAGAUAGUGAACUUCAAAAUUUUGCUUUAGUUGUGAUGGACAUUCUUAAAGGGAAUGAUUUUGCUGAUCCUCACGUGCUGGCCUGUGUUCUAUAUGUUCUACGGGUUGGCAUAGCAGACCAGUUGACCGAGUCUUCUCAACGCAGCUUUUUGGGUUUUCUGGGUAGAAAGCUGGAGACUGCUGAUUGUAGUCCAUCAAUGAGGGUUGCCACAUUGCGUAUCCUCUCUUAUCUUUUGAACAAUUUGGGUGAGGUUCCAGUUGAAUUCAAAAACAUCCUUGAUAACACAGUUGUGGGAGCCUUAUGCGAUUCCUCAUCACAUGUGCGCAUUGAAGCUGCAUUGACAUUGCGUGCAUUGGCAAAGGUGGAUCCCUCUUGUGUUGGUGGAUUAAUAUCAUAUGGUGUGACAACAUUACAUGCUCUGAGAGAAAGUGGAUCUUUGGAAAAGGGGACAAAUUUGAAUCUUGAGCUCAACUCUUUGCAUGGGCAAGCCACACUUCUAGCAGCACUUGUUUCUAUCUCGCCUAAGUUACUUCUCGGUUAUCCUGCAAGGCUGCCCCAAUCUGUCUUUGAAGUUUCCAAAAAGAUGCUUUCUUCAUUCAGUCGUAAUCCUCUUGCUGCUAUUGUGGAGAAAGAAGCUGGCUGGUUACUUUUGGCUUCUCUUGUAGCAAAUAUGCCAAAAGAGGAACUGGAAGACCAAGUUUUUGACGUUCUUCUACUUUGGGCUGGUCCUUUUGCUGGAAAUCCUGAAUCCUACUUUAGGCAGGCACAAGAUUUGGCAGCAGAACUAUAUGUCUUGUCGGCUGCAGUUGAGGCACUAACUGCCUUUAUAAGAAGCUUUGUUUGUCCAACAGUAGCAGCUAUUAAUGGAGUUCUUCUUCAACCCGUAUUGGCAUACCUCAGCGGAGCUUUGUUCUAUAUUUCAUUCUUUUCCUCAAAGCAAUUACCAAAUAUGAAGUCUGCUUUGGCCCUCUUCACUGCCAGAACAUUGAUGGCUUAUCAGUCUAUUCCAAAUCCUAUGGCAUAUGAAACUGAUCAUCAGCAAAUCAUCGAAAUAUGCACUUCUCCAUUCAGUGAUCCAUCGGGAUAUGAAGAAAGCUCGAGCUUGAGAACCUUGUUAGAUAAGAAGGAUGCUUGCUUAGGCCCUUGGGUACCUGGGAGUGAUUGGUAUGAAGAUGAGCUUCGAGCUUUUGAUGGUGGCAAAGAUGGACUAAUGCCUUGUGUAUGGGAUGACGACAUUUGCAUCUUUCCUCGGUCUGAGUCGAUCAGCAAAAUGUUGGUUAAUCAAAUGCUAUUGUGCUUUGGGACCAUGUUCGCUACGCAGGAUAAUGGUGGGAAAUUAAUGCUUCUUAACAAAGUUGAUCAAUGUAUAAAGAACAGCAAGAAGCAACCAUGGCAUGUGGCCAGUGUAACAAAUGCAUGCGUAGGCAUGCUAGCAGGGUUAAAGUCCCUGCUUGCUUUACGAAACCAGACAUUGACAGUUGAGGUUUUAAGCACCAUUCAGUCCAUCUUCCAGGGUAUUCUUGCAGAAAGUGAAAAUUUUCCAGCCCAACGAAGAGCAUCAUGUGAGGGUCUUGGUUUACUGGCUCGCCUUGGAAAUGACAUCUUUACUGCAAAGCUGACUCGGUCUCUUCUUGGAGAGAUAGUUGCAGCAACGGAUCCAUGUUAUAUAGCAUCUAUUGCUCUUUCUUUGGGUUGUAUUUAUCGGAGUGCAGGAGGAAUAGCAUUAACUACUCUGGUGACCUCAGCUGUCAGGUCAAUUUCUUUGUUAGCCAAGAGUUCAAAUGCUAGCCUGCAGUUGUGGGCUUUGCAUUCUCUUCUUUUGAUAAUCGAAGCUGCUGGUUUAUCAUAUGUCCCUCAAAUUCAGGCAACACUUUUCCUUGCAAUGGAGAUAAUUAUGGCAGAGGAGAGCGGAUUGGUCGAUCUUAGGCAGGAGAUAGGGCGUCUAAUCAAUGCUAUAGUUGCUGUUGUUGGUCCUGAGCUUGCUCCAAGGAGUACAUUUUUUUCUCGUUGCAAGUCUGUUAUUGCAGAAAUAAGCUCUUGCCAAGAGACAUCAACUGUUCUUGAGUCUGUCAGAUUCACACAGCAGCUUGUCCUUUUUGCUCCACAAGCUGCUUCUGUGUUUUCCCAUGUUCAGAAUCUUCUUCCAACUCUUUACUCGAGACAGCCUAUUCUUCGUCACCUUGCUGUGUCAACCCUUCGUCAUCUUAUUGAAAAAGAUCCGGUUGCCAUGAUUGACACAAAUAUCGAAGAAAACCUGUUCAGUCUGCUUGAUGAGGAAACUGACUCUGAGAUUGUAAAUCUGGUCUGUUCAACAAUCACUCAGUGGCUUCACAUAUCAUGUGUUUCUUGUCCAUCACGGUGGAUGAAUAUUCUUUAUAAUAAGGUUCUAGCAACAUCAGCUAGAAGGAUUGCUUCUGAAAACUACUCAGGAUCAGGUAAUAAUAAAUCAAAUGGUGCAUCUGAAGGUGAUGCUGCGUCUUAUUUUGGAGAAGAUGAUGAAGACAUGAUAGCUAGUUCUAAAGGGGAGAAGAUACAUGGUUCCACUUCAACCUUUGGUUCUGUCUAUAAGAGAGAAAAUCAUAUCAGAUAUCGAACCAGGCUUUUUGCUGCAGAGUGUUUGAGCUAUCUACCAACAGCUGUUGGAUCAAACCCAGCACAUUUUGAUAUUUCUUUGGCAAGAAGUUCUGUAACUGAUGAGCAUAAUUUGUCAACUGAUUGGCUAGUGCUGCACUUACAAGAGUUAGUCUCACUUUCCUAUCAGAUAAGCACUAGCCAGUUUGAAGGCAUGCAAUCCAUAGGUGUGAGAGUUCUAAGCAUUAUAAUGGACAAGUUUGGUAGUACAUCAGACCCAGAUCUCCCUGGGCACCUCUUGUUGGAGCAGUAUCAGGCUCAACUUGUGUCUGCUGUUCGAUCUGCAAUAAGCACUUCAUCUGGUCCUCUUCUCUUGGAAGCUGGUCUGGAACUGGCUACAAAGAUCGUGACUAGCAGAAUCAUUAGUGGAGAUCAGGUUGCCCUUAGCCGCAUGUAUGCCUUGAUUUCUCGGCCACUCGAUGAAGUAAAAGAUUUGUAUUAUCCAUCCUUUGCUGAAUGGAUUGCAUGCAAGAUCAAAAUCAGACUUUUGGCUGCCCAUGCCUCCAUAAAGAAUUAUGUCUAUCAGUUAUUGAAGGAGCAGGAAGAUAUUCCUCAUGAGUAUUUGCAGUUGGUACCGUUGUUUUCUUCCAGCUCAACUAUUUUGGGGAAGUACUGGAUUAGCAUCCUCAAGGACUAUACCUACAUCUGUUUUGGCUUGCAUUCAAAAUUUUAUUACACACCGUUCUUGGAUGGAAUUCAAUUUGCCGUGGUUUCUGUCGAGGUGAAAAAGUGUUUAGAUGAAGUUUGGCCACUAAUUCUGCAAGCAACAGUUCUGGAUGCAGUACCUGCAAAGUUCAAAACAGACGACUCUUUAAAGUUGAGUGAUGAAGAUUCAAACAAAAUCAUGUUCUUGUCUGGUCACAGCAUGGUCAGGUUGGAAGCUAUCGAAUUCCACUUUCUGUGGGGGCUGUCACAGCUGAUUAUGUUUCAGGGACAGCAACUUGUAUCAGAUAUGCAAGUUAAAAUGUUCUUUGCUGCUGAUGAAAAGAGAAGUGGUGUCUCAGUGCCCCAAGGGACUCGUGAUUCAAUGACUUCAUGUGAUAUUGCUCUACCAGUACUUCAGUCUCUUGUGAAUGAAUAUUUUUUCAACCAUGGAUUUCUUUCAUCAGAACUUUGCACUGAGCUCCUUCAGCUUCUUGUGUAUUCUCACAUAGCUUAUUCAAGGAGUGGGCUUGUCAUAUCUUUAUUAUCACAGAUAGUCCAGUUUUGUCCUGAUGCCUUUUUUGAGUCGGAAGACUUCACAACUUCAAUAACAGAACUAUGUAUCAAGUACCUCACAGUAACAUUUCAAAGAAGGGAUGCAACUCAUUAUUUCAGUGGCCAGGAUUUGCUUGUUGACUUGUCUGCUAUUGCUAAAAAAAUAGCAUAUAAAACAAAGCAAAAGCAGACAAAAUGGAAAUUGAUACUGGCAAUUGUAUCGCUCCCUCAUCAGUGGUAUAUAGGAGCUUCAACCGACCUAAGCUUGUCAAAAGUAGCCUAUUUUCUUCAGUCUAUAGUGCCUUCACUAAAAGAUCUUUUAAGAUAUGAUGCUGAACAUAAUAGUGAUGAUAACACCCUUCUAAAAACAGUCUUGGGAACAUGGGCUAGGAUGCUGGCAACUUUGUCUGGAGACUGCAUUAAAAGGAUAUUGAUUGUGGACAACAGGAUUAAUGAGUCAUGCAAACUUCUCAUGAAGAUACUUGUCUUCUAUCUUGAAGAAACAAUAUCUCUUGCUAGACUGGUUCAUGAAAUUAAACUUCUUGGACAAAAUAGUGCAAUCGAUGAUAUCAUCUGGAUUAGCAUAUUCAAGAGUUGUACCAACUGUAUCAGUGAUAUCAUUCUUAAUAACAAUAUACAGCAGGUUCAGGCAUUAGGACUUCAUGUGCUUAAAACCAAUGCACAAAGGGAACUGGCAGAGGGCUCACAUCAGAAGAAUCAAUCAUUUAUUCUGAUUUUCACUGGAGAGUUGCUUGGAAAUCUUUUCUUUUUGAUCCAGCGGACAUGGAAGGAGGAUGUAAGCAGGGAAUCGCUAGCUGUCAGUGAGGACUGCUUAAAGCUGCUCUUCCUCAUUCAUACUCUUGCACAAGCACGUGAAUGCCAGCGUCAUAUUACAGUGCUGCUGCUGGAAGCCUUAUACCUUGUAUUCUCUCAAUGCAGUGGAUGUCAUUCACAGGAACUGAAUGAGGUGAAUACCACUACGAAGAGGAUGGUUUCUCGUCUUGUUCAGAUUCCUUCAGCUGCAACUCACAUUAGAGAUUCAAUGUUGGAAAUGCCAGUUUUGAAAAGGCAGCAAUUUCAGGACAUGAUUCGUGCUUCCAUCGGACAAGGUCAGAUGAAGAUGCAUGACAAAUUGAAUAUACAACCUGCCCCUAAUGCAGAAAACAAAAGCAAGGUGCAGGCUUCACAUUUUAGACAAGCAAAAGUUGACAAGCAUGAUGACAAUGAAGAACAUAAUGAUGAUGCUCAGGAUGAAGAUGAAGAUGAUGACUGGGAUGCCUUUCAAUCUUUUCCUGCUAACACUGCAUCUGUUUCUGCAAUUGAUUCGCGUGAUGGCAAAACCAUAUCUGAGCCAGCUCUAUGUGAUGAACCUUCAACUGUCAACAAUCAUCUGCUCAAUCAAAACAAUGGCCAUGACCAUGAUCUGUUGCAACCUAAUGUGUGUGAACAAGACAAUGAUGCACAGGAUGUAUCUCCUGGGCAAACCAAAGAAAUGAUGAGUCUUAACAUGGAAGAAUUUGAGGAAGGCUCGAGUACCCGAUAUUCCAAUGAGCGAGUCGCAGAAGAUACUAGUGAUAGAAGUUGUCAGGAUCUCUAUCAUGAGAGUAGUGAGGUAAAUGAGGACAGUACAAGUACAGUGCAUAAUUCAUUACCAUCUACCGAGCUCUGCAAGGAUGAGGAACCGACCAUGGAAAAAGGUAAAGCAGUUCAAUUUGAGGUUGAAGCAACGGACAAGGCUAGUGAUGUUUGCAUUGAGAUGCAUCAUGAUGCAAUGCCUGCUGCUUCCGAGGAUACUGAAAGGAACAAGAGUAGUCAACGUCAGUUCUAUGAGGGUGAGGUUCAAUCAGUAUGUUUGGACCAUGGUGAUGACUCCGACGAGUAAUUUAAUGAUGUGCUGAUUGCACAAAACGACAAUCAAAAAGAGGCUGAUGGCCUUAACUCAUCCCUGGAGGGCAGAGGUGAAUUCAAAAGCAUUACUUGGGCUUGAAAGGAUGACUGGCUCAUUGCAACCGUCUCGGAACAUCAUAGAGUCAGGCAGCCUGCACGAGAAGGAAGCAGAGGGUACCUAGAUUAUGGUUAAUACUCGACAAUCAAUAAUUCAUUGUAUUAGCUAGUGAGGUAGAUUUUGCUCCAGUGAUCAGCAUCUUGGAUGCUAAGUCAUUCUUUUGUGGUUUCUAAUGUAUAUUUUUUAUCAUUCAUUGGAAUUAUAUGGCAUAAAUAGGAGUGGCACAUAGCUUGUAUCUUAAAUCAACAUCCAUCACUCUAAAGCACCGUCAGGUUUCUUGUCAAAA